UUCACCACGUCGUAGUACACCAUCCGGCAUUCUGCACGCUCCGUAUAACCCCCCAUCUUCCAUCCGCCCUUCACACUUCACCCACAACCAAUCCUAUCUCACUUCACUUUCUGUUGCGUCUCACGGAACCAUGCUAUGACAAAGACGCUGAAGUCCCUUGAAGCAGCACCAUGAUAACCGACGAGCACUACGAGCUCUGCCUCCCCAUUCUCCUCGACAAGAAGCUCGCCGAUGAUGAGAAAUCCGACAAGCUCGAAGAGCUCCUCCGUUCGCAAUUCCAGAUCUCCGGCAAAGCCCUCGAAGAUGCCGUUCUCGACGCGUUGUGGCGCUUCACCAGCGCCAGCAACGGUGCCUCGUCGCCGCCUCCAUCCCGACAUACGGUGAUCCGACGACCCUCCCCAGCACCAUGGCAAGCUGCCCGAGCUCCCACUCCCCUCUCCUCAUCCCCACGAUUGAUCGGGCCCCCACCGGGCUUUGCGCGCGCGAAGUCCUCCACCGCCUCACCCUUCACCUCCCCACGACCGUCGCCGCGAAUGGGACUUGCGACGCCCCACAUCCCGCACAGCCCGAGUCUGAACGCGUAUGAGUUCUCGGACUCGAGCCCGGCGCCGGACAUCUAUGGCGACUACGGGAGCGAUACCGUAGACUGGCUGGUCAAUGAGGACGGGACGAGCCCACCGUCGUCGUACGCCGGGGAGGCGGGCGGCAGUCCGUUCGUGUCGGACUGGAUGGGGGGGCAGAUGAUGGAGAUGAGCCCGUACGAUAUGAUACGGUCAAUCUUGCGCGACGAGCGGACCGACGAAGAUAUCGAAAGAGCUUUGGAGGGGAACAACUACGACUUGAGUGCCACUAUCAUGGCGUUGAUGGGACCGCAGGUGUUUGAGCAGCCCGCGAUACUGGCAGAUGAUAAGACGUUUCUUGUGGGCAAGUCCAUGAGUCCUUCAGUCCGCCCUUCGACCCCUGCCGGGCAACAAAAGUCCAGUAUCAUUUGCAAGUACUGGCUCCAAACCGGCCAUUGUGCACGAGCCGACUGCCGGUUCUCCCAUGACCCUUCGAAGACCGUUUGCAAGUACUGGAUGUCCGGUAAUUGUUUAGCUGCCGACUCGUGCUUGUUCAGCCAUGACCCAAGUACGCUGGUGGCUCGGAUGACGCUCGAGGGAAUCGACGGCACGCCUCCGACGCACGUCAUUCCGCCCAACUUCCACGUCCAAGACUACGAAACCUUCCCAACCCUUCAAACCGGCACCCCCGAAGCGUUUCCUAUCUUCCAACCGUCCAUGCAAACCUUCGAGCACAUCUACCAAUCCGCCCACUCCAGCUCCUCCCCGAUCCCCACAUUCAACCCGUUCGCCAACUUCGUCCCGUCGUCGAGCCGUCCGCAGUCACGCCCGGGGAGCCGCCACGCGUCUCGCGUGCCCACCCCAUCCAUCCCCGCCGUGGACGACAACGAAGCGUUCCCGACUCUGGGCUCCAUCGGCGCCAAAGCGGGGAAGAAACAUCACGGCAAACGCGGCCACGGUCACCAUGGCCACAAGGAGAACGGCGGACCGAGCUCGCUCGCCGACCUGGUCAAGAUGUCGCCCAGCCCGGGUCCCGCGCAGCUGCGCAAGGGUGCGCGCAAUUUGAGUGCGCGGAACCUGAGCGGCAUGAGCAAUGCGGGUAAGGAGAGUAGCGCGGCGGCGAUGGCCAUUCCCCCGCCGGAGCAUAUUCCAUGGUUGGAGACGGGCGAUGCGGUCAACAAGGCGUAUAUGAAAGCCCGAACCGAGGCGUUCAAGCAUGGAGGUCUGCGCAACAAGUUUCUGCAAAGUGCUUCACAGGCAUGGGCUCGCUCCGAUUCCCGCGCCGCCAAAGCCCUCAGCCUCCGCGGCCAAAACGAGAACAACCUCAUGCGCGAGGCCCAUAAACACGCCGCCCGCAUCCUCUACGAGGAGCGCAACAAGAACUCCCGCUCCUCCACCCGGGAGAUCUACGUCGACCUGCACGGCCUCCAUCCCGAUGAAGCGAUUUCUUAUCUUUCCCGCUGCCUCCGCGACCACGACAAUCCCCUCGCCAACUCCGGCACCCCCCGCCCCCUCUACGCCAUCACCGGCACCGGCCACCACUCGAAAGGCGGCAAGGACAAGGUCGGCAAGGCGGUCCGCGCGUUCCUCACCGAGUGGCGGUUCGCGUGGCGCGAUUUCGACGUCCCCGGGGACCACCGCGGCAUGGGCGGCGUAUUGGGCGUCGAUCCUACGAGUUGGGAUCGCGGGUUGGGGGAGUGGGAUGGGGGAGUGUUGAAGCGGAAGGAUGGAGGGGGAGAAGGGAGGAGGCCAGAGAGUAGUGGGGGGAAGGUGAGGAUACUGAAGGCCGAGGAUGCGGAGAAGCGGUAGACUCGCGACCAAGCCCGUCCGUGAAAUGGAACUUGAUCAGAUGCGUUGAUUGAGAUAGGAACCUGUUCUUCUCUAGGAGGACAGUCGACGGCAUAUCCGUCAGGAAUGAAACCAGAAUUUCAAAACUCGAGGAUUUCUCCGCUUGAGAAAUACGAUUGAUCUAAAAUCUUUGAGCAGCAUCGCUCCCCGUCCUAUAAGGACUCCUAUUACCUAAACCCGAGCACCCAACCAUACCCCAAGAACUCCUCCCAAACAAGCAAGCCGCCAAGUUCAAGAUCACUUCGAGACAGGCUUCGUUUCAGUGCCACAUUGCUCUACCCGUGGUCGCUUUG